CGCGGCGGCCAGUCUCGGCGCGCUUUGCCAGUCGCCGCGCGGAGCUCGGAGUGACGCGCGCCGGCUGCAGGACGGUCGGACGGUGGACGAGCGGACGCCGGGCGCAGAGGCCGAGGGACACCAGUGACCUCCAGCAGUAACUCGGUUGACGCGGCGGCCCGUACGCCCGACUCUGGCCCGCCGACUGAGCGAGGGCAGCGUCCAGGACCGGUUAGCACUGAAGGACCGACAGACGACGCACCAUGGGCCUCGACGACAGCAAGGCGGGCCGGCCACCGGUACCCAACUCGUCCGUGGAACACUUGUUCGAGGGCGACGAGAACCCUGAGCGAGGCAACUGGACCGGCAAGCUCGACUUCCUCCUCUCCUGUCUCGGAUAUGCCGUCGGUCUGGGGAACGUGUGGCGGUUCCCGUACCUGUGCUACCAGAACGGCGGCGGCGCCUUCCUCAUCCCCUACGCCAUCAUGCUGUUCUGCCUGGGCGUCCCGAUCUUCCUGCUGGAGCUCACUAUCGGCCAGUUCAGCGCCAUGGCCCCGAUCACACUCUACAAGCACUACGCGCCCGCCUUCAAAGGUCUGGGCGUGGCCAUGUUCCUAGCCUCGGUAGCCGUGGGUCUCUACUACAACAUGAUCAUCGCUUGGACCAUCUACUACACGUACUCCAGCAUGACGUCCGACCUGCCCUGGCAGUACUGCCACUGGGACUUCAACACACCCAACUGUUUCAGUAGCACGGAGUACGAGAGGUGUGCGACGGAAAACAACGGUACCUGGUGGAUCUACAACUACGGCAGGUGCAUCACCAACACGACCGAGGCGCAGCUGUAUCAGGUCAACGAGACGCUGCCCGAACACCUCAGGGUCUCCCCCGCCGAAGAGUUCCUGGAGCGCAAGGUGCUGAACCUGAGUGACGGUAUCGGCACGCUGGGCGGCAUCCAGUGGGGCCUGCUCAUCUCGCUGCUGAUCGCCUGGGUGGUGGUUGGCGGCGCACUCAUCAAGGGCGUCAAGUCCUCCGGCAAGGUGGUGUACUUUACGGCUCUGUUCCCGUACGUAGUGCUCGUCAUUCUGCUGGUGCGUGGCUGCAUGCUUCCCGGAGCCUACGAGGGCAUCCAGUUCUACAUGGUGCCGGACUGGAGCAAGCUGAAAGACGUCAAGAUCUGGGAGGCUGCCGCGGUGCAGAUCUUCUACUCACUGAGUAUCGCCAGCGGAGGACUGAUCACACUGGCCAGCUACAACAAGUUCCACAACAAUGUCGUACGAGACACCCUGAUCGUGUGUUUCGGCAACUGCUGCACCUCCGUGUUCGCCGGCUUCGCCAUCUUCUCCGUGCUGGGCUUCAUGGCUCACGAGCUGAACGUGCCCGUCUCGGAGGUGGUCACCAGUGGCUCCGGUCUAGCGUUCGUGGCCUACCCGGACCUGGUCACUCGUCUGCCCGUGUCCACUCUCUGGGCGCUCCUCUUCUUCCUGAUGCUCUUCACGCUCGGCCUCGACUCCCAGUUCGCCAUCGUGGAGAACAUCAUCACCUGCAUCCUGGACGAGUUUCCGCAGCUGCGGCCCAAGAAGCCCUGGGUGGUGGUCGGCGUGUGCGUCGUCCUCUUCCUCCUCGGCAUCCCGCUCACUACGCAGGGUGGGCGCUACAUCAUCGACUUGAUGGACACCUACGCGGCCGGCUGGCCUUACCUCUUCAUCGGCCUGAUGGAGCUAAUCGCCAUGUACUGGGUGUACGGCGUCGGCAAGUUCUACCGCGACCUGGAGAACAUCCAGGGCUUUAGCCCGGGCCUGCGGCUGCGCUCCCACAUCACGGUCGUCUACGGCACGCUAUCGCCGGCUCUGAUCUCGGUAAUUCUCGUGCUGAGCUGGAUCGACUGGACGCCGCUGGAGUCGGGCGGCUACGUCUACCCCUUCUGGGCCAACGUCAUCGGCUGGUGCAUGGCCAUCAUCAUCAUCGCCGUGGUGCCGCUGGGAUUCCUCGCGGACGUCAUCUUCGUCCAGAAGGGCAACGUCCUGGCGUCGUUCCGGGAGACGGACGAGUGGUACAAACACUCUGAGAACAUUGAGAUGCGGGAGAAGGCCGGCACCCGGCAGGGCUUCGACAACCUCGCCAUCGACAACAACCAGUUCUACGAGUACAACAGUCGUCUGUAGCGCCCGACUGGACACACUCGCAGCUCUGGAGCGAGGUCAGCGCGAGGUUCCGGUCGUGUGAGGUCAUCAGCAGCUCACUGUUGGGGUGUGAUGGCGCUGUGAAAGGUGCUGGGAUGACGUGCGGCAGUUGAUGCGCCCCAGAACACCGUGAGACUGUGCGCUUGUCUUUGAGUGAAUUGCAGCCAGGGCGACGGUGUCUCCUGGGCCGGAGCACUCCAGGCAACAGUGUCCUCUGGGCGAGAGUGUCACAUCAGGUGCGCUAUUGCCUACUGGCGUAAUCAGGCUCCACUGGGCCACACACGGUGCUCACACGUGUCAGGGACGUUGUCUGCUUUGUGCGUACUGUAUGGGGUCAUCACCAUAUCACCCAUUCGUCGUUUUACAGAUGCUAGCCUUCCGAUGGGGUUUCCAGAUUUGUCCACUGGCUUUUUAUCAUUUUUUUUUUACAUGGGUGUUUAAAGGAUAAGUGCCACAGAUAGACGAAACUGGCAGUUUUUACCCUAUUGAUCAUUUUGAAGAUAGUACCAAUUUUGUUUAUCGGAUCAUUGAGGAGCGUUUUUAGAAACAUUUUGUUCGUUCGUAUUGGACUGAUUUUUACACCAAGUUGAAAGGAGAAUGAAAAAACUGUUGUGCCAUUGGCUUUUGUAUAGCCCAGUGAAAUGGUCACAUCCGGCAAGUGUUUGUGUCAUAUGUGUGACAUUUUUAAUCUUGUGGACGUUUUAUACCAUGCGCGUGUCCACAGCGAGGCUUCGUGAGAGAUGCUCGGCCAUUCCGUCCAUUCGGAGCACUGCCCGUACCGGACCAAAACAAACACAUGUACCUUGUUUGUAUAAAUAUUACCCAACUUUGUAUAUACUCAUUUAUCAUGUAGUACGACGUCGAUAAAUAAACUAUGAAAGUCUUACAACAGUA